GGAAAAAAGACUUAGGGCACCGAUAGGACCCAGAGCUAGCUCCCAGCCACUGCACCGAGAUCGAACUCGGAAGAGUCAUCGCGCCAACGGGAGGAACCUGCCACCGCUGUCAUGUCUCAGGGUAUCCUGACCCCACCUGUGGGCCUCCUUUCGGAUGAGGAAGUCAUUGUGUCGCCAAUUUUCGAAUCCACUGCUGCUGAUUUGGGAGCUGGGAUCCAAAAAGACCUGUUGUCUGAAUUCUCUGCCAUCUCUUCUCCCCCAAUAGAGCAGGUUGUACCUGAGGAUGGUAGCGGGAAGGUGAAAGUUUACUUGAGAGUUCGGCCCCUGCUGCCUUCAGAGGUAGAGAGACAAGAAGAACAGGGUUGUGUUCGAAUAGAGAACCCAGAGACCCUUGUUCUGCAGGCACCCAAAGACUCUUUUGCCAUGAGAAGCAAUGAGAGAGGUGUGGGCCGAGCCACUCAUAGAUUCACCUUUUCCCAGAUCUUUGGACCAGAAGUAGGACAGGCAUCUUUCUUCAAUCUGACAGUGAAAGAAAUGGUCAAAGACGUGCUUAAAGGCUACAACUGGCUCAUUUAUACAUAUGGAGUUACUAAUUCAGGAAAGACCCAUACUGUCCAGGGUAGCAACAAGGAUGGGGGGAUCUUACCUCGUUCUCUGGCUGUAAUCUUCAAUAGUAUUCAGAACCAGCUCUACCCAGCCUCUGAUCUGAAGCCUUCAUUUGCCAAUGAGGUGAUCUGGCUAGAUAGCAAGCAAGUUCGGCAAGAAGAGUUGAAGAAAUUCGCCCUGCUGAAUGGGAGCUCCCGGGAGGAGGAAUUUAUAAACUCUCUGAAGAAAAGCCACAACACUGAAUCACUGAGGCUGGGGACCAGUGCCAGUUUUGACAGUGGCAUUGCUGGACUUUCUUCUACUAUCCAAAGCAGUGUCAGCCUCAGCCAAAUGGAAGACACAUGUGUUAGAUGGGCUGAGCCAGAUACUGCACCAUUCCAUGUCCCAGCUGAUGUCCGGUUUUCCAUUUGGGUCUCCUUCUUUGAGAUCUACAAUGAGAUGAUCUUUGACUUAUUGGAGCUCCCCAGCCAACAGCGAAAGAGGCAGACACUCCGGCUCUGUGAAGACCAGAAUGGCAGUCCCUAUGUGAAAGAUCUGAAUUGGAUUAACAUUCAGGAUGCUGAUGAGGCCUGGAAGCUCCUGAAACUAGGACGUAAAAAUCAGAGCUUUGCCAGCACUCACCUGAACCAGAACUCCAGUCGAAGCCACAGCAUUUUCUCUAUCCGGAUCCUACACCUCCAUGGAGAAGGCAACGUGGUCUCUAAGAUCAGCGAAUUAUCCCUGUGUGAUCUGGCUGGCUCUGAACGCUGUAAGGAACAGAAGAUGAGUGAGCGGAUGAAAGAGGCAGGGAACAUCAAUACAUCACUCCACACCCUGGGCCGCUGUAUUACUGCCUUACGCCAGAACCAACAACGACUCAAGCAAAACCUUGUCCCCUUCCGUGAUAGCAAACUGACCCGAGUAUUUCAGGGCUUCUUCACGGGUCGUGGCCGCUCCUGCAUGAUUGUUAACGUGAAUCCUUGUGCCUCUACCUAUGAUGAGACCCUUCAUGUGGCCAAAUUCUCAGCCAUUGCCAGUCAGCUUGUUCAUGCCCCACCUGUGAAGCUAGGGCUUCCAUCCCUACAUUCAUUCAUUAAAGAACAAGGUCUACGAGCCACCCACAAUUUAGAGACAGAAGCUAAGCAGGAGCCUAAUGAAAACAGUGGUGAUGAAGCUGACAUCUCCAUGUAUGACAAAGAGGAGCUACUAGUGGUGGUGGAAGCCAUGAAAAAUCUUCUACUCCAAGAGCGUCAGGAGAAGUUGAAGUUGGAGAUGCAGCUCCGAGAUGAAAUUUGUACCGAGAUGAUAGAACAGAUGCAACAACGAGAGCAGUGGUUCAGUGAACACUUAGAUACUCAAAAGGAGUUGUUGGAGGAAAUGUAUGAGGAUAAACUAAAGCUCCUGAAGGAGUCCCUGCAGAGUUAUUACCAGGAAGAGGUCCAGGAGCGAGAUGAAAAGAUUAAGGAAUUGGAGGCAGCCCUGCAAGAGGCUAAAAAGCAGUCAGCAUCCCUUGAGACAGGCCUGCAACUGGAUCCCGAGCAAUCUUUACGCCGGUCUCAGAGAGUGGCUUCCUCUAUUUCUAGCAAGCAGCUUCAGGAAACUAAAGUCAGCCUAGAACAGUGUAAGGCAGAACUGGCUUCUACCACAGAAGAACUUCGGAAGUAUCAGAGAAUGUUAGAUCCACCUCCUUCAGCCAAACCAUUCACCACAGAUGUGGACAAGAAGUUAGAAGAAGGACAGAAGAACAUCAGGCUGCUGAGGACUGAGCUACAGAAACUUGGGGAAUCCCUCCAGGCAGCUGAGAGGGCCUGUUGUCAUAGCACUGGAGCAGGAAAACUUCGCCAGGCCCUGAAUGUUUGUGAUGACAUCCUUAUCAAACAGGACCAGACCCUAGCUGAGCUGCAAAAUAACAUGAUGCUAGUAAAAUUGGACCUUCGGAAGAAAGCUGCCUGCAUUGCUGAGCAGUAUCAUACAGUAUUGAAGUUGCAGGGCUCUUCCUCUGCUUCCUUAAAAAAACGGCUUGGUCCCAACCAGGAGAACCAACAACCCCUUCAACAACCCCCAGGAAAGAAACCUUUCCUUCGAAAUUUGCUUCCUCGAACCCCUAUUUGCCAAGGCCCAGGAGAGAACAGUCCCUAUGGCAGAUGCCUUCGUUCCCGUCGGUCCCCUUUACUCAAGUCUGGACCUUUUGGGAAGAAAUUCUAAUGGAACAAGUUGUAAGACUAGCACUUGAUUUUUAAGCUGGGCAAGUUGCUCUAUGCAUGAAGCUAUUUGAAAUUCUUUAUAAGCUUUAAUGUACACCAACAAGGGCUUUAAGAUGUUAUACUCCAAUAGCUGCUUUUUUCCCCAUAUGUAAUAUAAUUCU